GCGAUGAAGUUUAUCUGGGCUGCAGAAGUUCGACAGACACAUAUUAACCCGCGCAUGCGCAAUAACGCCACCAUCCAGCUCUAAAUAAGAGUUAAGAGAGAAACGAGGUGAAGAUGGCAGAGUCAUCUACGAGCGAUGGUCCUGCCACAGGAGCUGAUUUUGACAUGAUGAGCGCUCUUGACUGGAAGGACGGCAUAGCCACAUUGCCAGGAAGUGACAUUCGGUUUCGGAUGACUGAAUUUGGCACCCUGGAGAUCGUCACAGAGGUGGAGCCCAAAGUUAAAGAGGCAGAGCUUACAGGCCCACAGCCUCAAACUACAGGCACCAACAACACGCAUUCUCCUGAGCAAAACAAAACAUUCAAUCAGACUGCAAAGCCCGUGUCGAAUACAGAGCGUCAGACAAGUACAGUGGUAUCUCUUCGCUUUCUUUCAGUUUCCACUGACCCCCUCAGGCAGGCAGGGGGCAACACCGCUGUGCAAAGCCCUACUGUGAGUACAGUGCCCAAUGCGAUCGUUCCCAUGACUGAGGCAACUGCAAACUGCAGGUCAUGUGGUCACUCUGGUUCACGAGAAUCCUUUUUACAAGGCAAAUAUUGCAGCGUUUCUUGUGUACAGCCCACCAGCGGCAGGUCAACCCCGGCUGAGGCUGUCGAAGGGGAGCGCUUAGGUAAACGUGUGAGGAAGAAGAAGAAGAUGUUUAUGGAAUCUGGAGAUGAAGAGGAGGACAACAUAGAGGAGGAAGAGGAGAAGGUUAAAUCCUCAAAAGGGAGACGAGCGGCUAAAGUUGCUAGACUAGUGACUGCACCUCUGAUUAAGAAGAAAACCUGGAGUUGGUCAGUGUAUCUAGAGGAGGAGAGAGCCAUUACUGCUCCCUUGAAACUUUUUAAGGAGCACCAGUCAUUUCCUCAAAGCAGGAAUGGAUUUAAAGUUGGCAUGAAGUUAGAGGGAUUGGACCCCAGUCACCCUGCUCUCUUCUGCGUUUUGACUGUUGCAGAGGUACAAGGCUACAGGAUUCGGCUUCACUUCGAUGGGUACCCUGAGUGCUACGACUUCUGGGUAAAUGCUGACUCAUGGGAUGUGAAGCCGCCAGGCUGGUGUGAGAAAACAGGCCUCAAGCUAUUGCUGCCAAAAGGCUGCAGAGAUGGAGAGUUUAACUGGAACACAUAUGUAAAGAACUGUAGGGGUCAACUGGCCCCCAAACAUCUCUUCAAGAGUCUUAAUACUUCGGUCACACCGUCAGGAUUCCGUGCCGGGAUGAAGCUGGAAGCCGUUGACAGGAAGAACCCAUCACUCAUCUGUGUCGCAACCAUUGCUGCUGCUGUCGACAACAGACUCCUCAUUCACUUUGACAACUGGGAUGAUUCAUAUGAUUAUUGGUGUGAUGCCAGCAGUCCAUACAUUCAUCCAGUAGGGUACUGCGAGGAGGGCGAAUUAACGCUCACUACCCCUGCAGAUUAUAAGCCUCCCAAGGUUUUUACUUGGGAGAAGUACCUUGAGGAAACUGGAGCCCAGGCUGCACCAGCAAGAGCCUUUAAACAGAGACCACCACAUGGUUUCCAAGUCGGGAUGAAGCUGGAGGCAGUGGAUAAACGUAAUUCCAUGCUUAUUCGUGUAGCUACCAUCUAUGAUGUAGAAGACCACAGAAUCAAGAUCCAUUUUGAUGGCUGGAAUGAGGAGUAUGAUUAUUGGCUAGAUGCUGACAGCCCAGAUCUGCAUCCAGUAGGCUGGUGUCAGAAGACAGGUCAUCCUCUACAACACCCCAACGGUCCCAGAGAUUCUCCAUUGCCUCCUGGACAGGGCUGCCCAACCCCAGGAUGCAACGGAGUCGGACACAUUAGAGGACCUCGGUAUGGGACACAUUACACGGUGGUGAGCUGUCCAUACUCGGAUGUGAAUUUGAAUAAAGACGGGCUGGUGCCGGACAGACUGAACGGGGAGAGGCCCGUCACGCUCAGUGGACCUCCACGCCACCGCCGCGCUGAAACACUCACUCAGACGCACCCUCCCACACCCACCGCCAGCACCCCUGAACCUCCUGACACCACCACAGACUCCUGUCCACCAGCUCGCUCAGUUCGUGAGCACAUUAUGUCUGGCAGCACUCCCAAAUGUGUCAAGCCACCUCAAGUGAAGCAGGAAGGUGACGGGAAAGAUUCUCUUCAGCAGUUCCUGCACGAGUCUGUGUUCUGUGGAUGGGAGCCACCAAGGUUUCAUCUAUGUUGGGAAAAGCAUGGAAAACUCUUGCCCGAAGCUCUAGGCCUUACAGCCAAGAGAGUAGCCAAGUGGAACACAGAAGAGGUGGCAAGUUUUGUAAGAGGCCUGCCUGGCUGCAGAGAGCAUGCUGCAACCUUUAGAAAAGAGCAAAUCGAUGGCGAGGCCUUCCUGCUCCUUACUCAAUCAGACAUUGUUAAGAUUCUGAGCAUCAAAUUAGGACCUGCUCUUAAAAUUUAUAAUUCGAUCCUCAUGCUGAAGAGCGCAGAUGAGGAGUAGACAACUCACAGCAACUGCUGCUCCAUCAAACAACACAUCUCGCCCCCGCCGAUGUGUCCAGCAGACACAAAUGUUCAGUCAUCGGUCUCCUUGUGAAUGAUGGAUAUUGACAGAAUCAGCCAGUUCAACAAACUUGAAAUAUCACGGCUCCUAAAGGCUGAUAUCGAUGUGAUGUCUCCCACUCUGCACUCGCUCUAAAUUAAGAAUGAAAUUCUCUUUUCAAAUUGAUCAUUUGAUUCAUAUUAGACUCUGGGGGGGGUACACUACACUGAGGCACCUUAAAUUGUUGAAAAACUUAAACUGGAUUCUUUCAUUGUUAAUAUUUAUGUUUUUAUGGUUGCUAAAAUGACGGAUAAUUACGAUUGAAAGACACGAUGGUGGACCUUUUACUUGAAAUGUAAUUUUUUUUUCUUUGUAAAAAUGCAAAAAGACCUUUGUUUGUAAUUGAACACACAUCCUAAAUAAUCCAGAUGAGCCUGUUUGAGACCACUAGAGGGCAGAAGGAUCGUGUGUGUGUGUGUGUGUGUGUGUGUGUGUGUGUGUGUGUGAGAGAGAGAGAGAGAGAGAGAGAGAGAGAGAGAGAGAGAGAGAGAGAGAGAGAGAGAGAG